AUGUCGACGCAGAAGCUGGCGAAGAAACUAUAUUUGUGGUAUCCAAUGCAGGAUUUCUUCAACACUGGCCUGCUUGGUGCUAUCAUCACCACCACUGUCGGAUCUAUUAUUUGGCAGUUGGUAGCCUCGGUCUUUCCCGUCGCGUUCAUGCACAACCCCCUGGUAUACGUUCUAUUGAGGAUCUGCUUGUUUCUGGAAUUCACUGGCGUCUGCUCUGGUGCGUGGGUCCUGGCCUCGUGUCACAAGUACAUGGCACGUCUCCGGCGCGACGAGUUUAUAUUGAUCGUGCUAGCAGCGACGGCAAGGUAG